AUUUUUGUUUUUUUUUUUUUAAUGCAGAGAUAUUAUAGUCAAGUGUAGUUACUUGGCAAAGUAGAAGUAUUUGUCUUUGGCUAGUAAGGUACUGUUCAGACUGCUACCUUGUUGUUUAGAUUAGUAUUAAAAUACUGUAAUACUACUGGUAGAGUUGCAUUUGUGAUCUUCGUGGAAAAGCUGAAUGUAGUUGGGUGCUAUAUGGAAUGCAGGUGUUGUAGACAUGAAGGGAACCUUUAGUGUUGUAUAGAACUCAAGUUUGCUGUAUCAUUGCAGAGGUGCUAUCUAAAUGAACUGUAAAUGCAGCAAUAAACUGAUGGAUAAAAUGCCCAAGCAAGGGUUGAAUGACCUUUUUAGAAUUGAGUUUGGGGCAUCAACUGCUACAAGUUUUGAUACUAACUUGCCUUUGUUCUGUGCAUGCAGAAGUACCUCCAUGAAACUAAAAGUAGCUUAAGAUAAAUUUGUCUUUUAGGUAGCCAACAUAGUGGAAAGAUCAAGACUCUUGGGUGCUAGAGUAGCUCAGGUUUAAUUUUACUGUAAUGCCUUCAUACUGAAUUUGCUGGUUAAGAAUGGGAUGCAUACCAACAAAAGAUUGACUUUAGUUAUGCAUGAAAACAGUGCAAUCCAAAGCUUGAAUAAUGUGCAAAAUGCAAGAGAAAUAAAUAAGCACUAAACAAGUAUGGAUAAUAAACUCUAUGGUAAUCAGGGAGUUAAACUGGCAUCUUCAGGAAAUAAGCUUAGAAUGAUGAAAUUUCAGUGACCUUUGUGAUGGGGUGUUGCUGGUCUAAUUGAUACAGAAUGUUAGAUGAGUAACAUAGAGUCUUGCUCCAGAACAGUUUGUGGAAGUACCAACUGAAUAAUGUUGCACAUGAUACAGAAGUACACAUACUUAUGGAUUGAAGAUGAACUAUAUGAAAAAUUGAAUAUGUAUUAUUUCUCAUUUUGAUUAAUGCUUUCCAUUUCAGAAAGAUUGCUGGUUAAGAAAACUUGAGAUACAUGGAUGUUGCAUUACUAUACCACCUUUGUAGACUAAUGUUUCUUUUUUUAUGAGAUAGACAUGCCUCAAGAAAUGUCUGCUUCCUGUCUUCGAUAGCCUCAAUGUAUCAGUUAAAGGACUGAGAUGGAGGAAGUGUUUCCAGUGGAGCCUAACAUACUGAACCACAUAUCCUUUUGGCUGAUCUGAGCAUGGUGACAUCCUGUCAGCUCUUUUGUUACCUUCAGUGGGCCAUAGGGUUGGUGCACAUAACCUGUUAUCAUAGAAGGACUGAUCAUAAAGCUUUAACCGGAGACUAUACAAAUUCCCAGUCGACUUCACUUUAAAAAGAAGAUUUUACAGCUUAAUUUCACUCCUUGGAUUUCAAUAGUGUCAGAUUGUUUACUCUGAUUUACUCCAUUCUGUCUAGGUUCCUGUUCCACACCUACCCCAGUGGUAUCAGAAUGUCUUCCAGACUUCUUAGGGAUAAAAACCAUUAGAAAACAAGACUAGCAUCUGUCAAAUGGGGUUCCCUCUCCAUUUCUUUCUGCAUAGCUUUCCUCUGGGGGGAGAAGAAGAGGAUAAUAGCAUGAAAAGUGCAAAAUGUUUCAAAUUCCUGUUCAAAAUCUUGAUAAUAUUAGGAAGGCUCGAAAAAAGGUGAAAGGCAUACUUGUGGAUCUUGGGCUUGACAGCUGCAGGGAAUUGUUGAAGAAUCUUAAAAGUUUUGACCCAGGUGAAAAACACUUUUGUAACACUUCAUGGAGUGAUGUCUCUCUUUGGGAGUCUGUGGGCAAAAGGAAGAGAUACAGAACAAAGCCGUACUGCUGUAGCUUAUGCAAGUUCUCAUCAAAAUUGCUUACUUCAUUCAAGAAUCAUUUGCACCGCUACCAUGAGGAUGAAAUGGACCAAGAGCUGGUGGUUCCUUGCCCAAAAUGUGCAUUUGCUUCUGAUCCAAAAAUAGUGGGAAAACAUAUCCGGAUGUUUCAUUCAUCUAAUAAAAGAAUACAGAACUACACAGUCAGCAUUUUGGAUGGCAUGAAACAAUUCAGGAGUGACAUCAUAAACUUUACAUGUCUAAAAUGCCACUUCACAGACACAUUGUAUUACAAUAUGAAGAAACAUGUGCUGAUGAACCAUUUUGAGAACUUAAUCAGUACGUAUUUUGGCCUGAAACCUGAUGGAAGUAAAGGGGAUUCUGCUGAGCUCUACUGUAAAAAAUGUGAUGCUUCUGCAAACAGUGAAGAUUCUUUAAUGUAUCAUGUCUUGACAGCUGAAAUACACAGAGACCUGGAGAACAAACUUCGGUCUGUGAUUUCAGAGCAUAUUAAGAAACCAGAAAUUGUGAAACAAAUGCAAAUUGCUCCAAAGCCUCCCCAGAGUAUGUCAGUGACCUCUCCAUCUGCACCACCUGCCACUUCCACAGCAGGUUCUGUAUCAGCUCCAUCUUGCAUCCAGCUUGCGUUUCCACAGAAUAAUCAAAACCAGAGUGUGGUGCAGCCAAAUGCCAUUCAGAACACAGUUGGAUCACUGACUGUUCCAAGUGCCUCUGGUAGCCUUCCUCAUACAACUUCUGCUCCAGUUGUUACCCCCCCACAUGUUGCUCUUGUAUCUAAUAAUCUUUUUGUAGGUCAGAAUAGCAUGAAUAUUCAGCCAUCACCUUCCCAGCCUAUCAUUGUUUCCCAUACGCUCCCCCUUAAUCAGCCUGUGGGGACUGUGGCCCCUUCAGUUCUUCCUCUUAAUCAACCUGUCACGCCUGGGCUCUUCCCUGUUAAUCAAACCAUUGGUACCAUAAAUGGUCCGCUUGCAACUGGAGCGCUGCCUGUUACUCAGCCUGUCAGCCCUGUAAAUCAGACAGUUGCACCAGGAGUUAUCUCUGUCAAUCAGUCGUUUGGGAAUGUGAAUAGACCCAUUAGUCCCAGGGUCCUUCCUGUGGCACAGACAGUUGCUUCAGGUGUUCUCCAGCUUAACCAGCCUGUUGCUUCUGGGCUUGUUCCUGUCGGGCAGGAUGUCAGACCUGGCUUUUUUCAACUUAAUCAACCUGUUGCCCCAGCAGUUAUCCCAGUAAAUCAUCCAGUUCAUCCAGCAGUUUCUCAGAAUACAGCUUUUUUGACUUCAGGUUCUAUAGUUCGGCAGUUGAUUCCAACUGGUAAGCAGGUUAAUGGGAUACCUACAUACACACUUUCCCCAGUUUCAGUUACUUUGCCUGUACCUCCUGGUGGGGGAGUAGCAACUGUUACACCACCACAAGUGCCCCUCCACCUAAUGCAGGCUGGGACAAUAACUCAGUUUUCCCAGUCACCGGCUAGUGUACCCUCUCCUCCAGUGGUAUUAACGUCUCAGAAUAUAUCAUUACAAGCCUCCCUUCUUGGUCUUGGAACAAGUCAGGAUACCAAACAGGCUAAGCAGUGGAAGACUUGCCCUGUUUGCAGUGAACUUUUCCCAUCAAAUGUCUACCAGGUGCACAUGGAGGUGGCCCACAAACAGUGUGAACUAAAAGUGGACACAACCCCAGCACCUGAAAAACUUGCAGCUUGCGCACCCUUUCUGAGAUGGAUGACAGAAAAGACGGUCCGAUGUUUCUCUUGUAAGUCUUUUCUGUGUGAGGGAGAGCUCAUGAAGCAUCUCUUGAUGCAUGGUUUAGCUUGCUUGUUUUGCACAGUUACUUUCCAUGACUUAAAAAGCCUUGUAGAGCACAAUAAGACAACACACAAUGGGAAAAAGCAGUUACAUGCAGAUUAUAGCAACAGAGGAUUUCAACUAGGUAAUGAUGCUCAGGGUGACCUUGUAUUUCCUCACUUUGAUUUCAGUACAGUGUUACCAAAAGAAGACAUUGGUGAAAGAGAAGUACAUUUGGCUGUGCUUGCUGGACUAAAUUCAAGGACACUUGUCCCAGUUUACAUCAAAGUAACAGCUCAGACAGCAGAAACGCAGGGCAGAUGCAUGAGAAAAAUGUUAACCUGUCCCUUUUGCUAUGGUACGUUUGCUGGUAAAGAAACCUAUGAAAGGCAUUUGAAAGAGCGGCAUCAUAUAAUGCCAACUGUACAUACUAUUUUAAAGACUCCUGCUUUCAAGUGCAUCCACUGUUGUGGUGUGUACACUGGAAACAUGACCCUAGCAGCUAUCGCUGUACAUUUGCUCCGUUGUAGAAGUGCUCCCAAAGACAGCAACUCAAGUGUGAAGAUGCAGCUUGAGCGUACUGAGAAGAAAGAGCUACUGCUUGUAAAUGGUGAAAAGCAUGAUUCUAUGACGCUGAAAAGAAAACAAUUCGAUUCCUGCUUUGUUGCAGAAGACCAAAGGAAUAAGGAACAGCAGUCUCUGAGCUUAAGUACUGGCAUAGCUCUGUCUCCAGAAAAAGAAGUGAAUUCAGGGGUAGUGCCUUUUAAAAGACAGAAGAUUAGUAACAGGACUGAUAUGAAGAAGCUUCCUUCUAGUGAGGAUCUUCGUCUUCUAGCAGUAGAUCCUACACAGAGUGAUCACAGUUCGUAUGAGGCUCAAAAGCAGUUUUUGACAGACUACUUUAACAAGAGGCCAUAUCCUUCUAAGAAAGAGAUGGAGUUACUUUCCUCACUGCUGUGUGCAUGGAAAAUUGAUGUUGCAUCAUUCUUUGGAAAAAAGAGGAAUAUAUGCUUAAAGGCGAUGAAUAAUCACAAACCAUCUGUGCUGCUGGGUUUCAGUAUGUCUGAACUAAAAAAUCUUAAGCACAGUUUGAAUCUAAAAGACACGAAGCAUUAGAUAUGUAAACAAGCUUUUAUAACAGCUAAAAGGAACCCAUAAUUGCAUCCUUAUUGAUUUAGCCAUUUAUUGUAUUAUUUGUUUUGACUUUCAGACUGGCCUGUUAAAGGGUGCAGUAGUACAGUCUUGUUCAGUUGUGACUUACUGUGAAAGGCACACGUAGUUGUGUAUUUGAAAAGCUAAAACCUUCAGACUUGCACAUCUGGAAUUUGUUUUAGCUUUGUACUUUUUCUGGAGUAGUUUUUUUAUUUUCUUUUCUCCUGUUUCCUUUUUUCCCCUCCAGGCUCUCAUUACACUUUUUAUACUGCCAUGUAAAACAUUUGUCCUGUUGAAAACAAAUUUUAUUUUAUUUUUCUGCAAUGUUCUUGUCUUUUCUAAACAAUAAAAUGUACAAUGUUGGUUAAAAUACUGAGGUAAACUACGUGAAAAAAACAUAUAUUUGAUUAUUUGUGAGUUUAACUCCUAAUUUUUUUAACCAAUUUUUGUUUUAUCUACUGAAGAAGUGAUUGUAACCUUUACGUCCAUUGCCUUUUCAAAUUCUUGAUGCACUGGUAGCAAUAAAAUAGAUGGCAAUCUUCUUUUUUCCUCAGCCAAAAUACCUGUGCCAGGUAAAUCUGGUGACUUGUAUUAUCUAACUAGUACUGAUUUGGUGGGGAUUGAGUGACUUGGUGGUGCCCUUUGAAGUGUUACUAUUAACUGACUUGAAAUGGUUGUGUGUUAUCUGUUAAAUCUUGCUAACCAGAUGUGGUUUUCUAUUGGUGUUGAAGCCUAGUUGUUUAAAUACCUGUUCAAAGUUUGUGCAGUUAUAGUAGUGGCAUUUGGUUUAUUUUCUUUUUCAAAAAGCAAAACCGCAUUGGUGGGAGUCAUUGCUCUUAAUACAUGGAAUGGAUGGCUUUUGUACACAUCACUUACCUAUAGAAGCCCUAUCCAAAUAUCACCAAAGUUUGGUGAAAAAUGUGAUUUUUGUUUUAAAUAGCUGGUGCAUGAGGUUAGUAGGGGGAGGCACUGCCCUGAGCAGUGCCUCCUCCCACAAGAAAUUAGACCUCAAAAGGUGAAAAUUGUACAAACUGCAACUGGAUAAUUGGUAGCAUCAAAACUUUAAACUGUUGAGUACCUGAACCGACGUUACGUAGUGAUUGUUCUUUAUUGUCCUCUAGAGAGCGUAAGAAUAGUAUAAAAUCCAAAUAGAAUAGCUUGUUCAAUGUAAGUUACCAUCCCUAUUACAGAUUAUGGAAGAGCUGUUGGGAAGGUUCACUUUAGUUGAAGAAUAAGCUAUAGUACUGGUGGCCACAUUGAGACUUUGUUUGGUACUGUUCGUUCUUUCUGGGUGUGCUUGGUUUUAUCUUGCUUGUCAGACAGUGCCUCCAGUAUUCAUUAUUGGCCAGUUAUAUAAUAACUUAAAAUAUGCAUUAAUUUUUCCCUACUGUUCAUCCCCUUCUCUCCACCCAUCUUUCCCAGAAGUAAAAAAACAAAUGGAGCAGGCUCUCCCGUCAGUUCACUUGUGCCAGUGUUACAAGGAAAGAGUGAUGUGCAAGCUUAUUUCUAUUUUUUUAAGCAGUAAGUGUACUUUUUGCCCUGUGCAGUAGUUUUUAAAGCAGGCACAGAAUGUUUUUGGUGCAGUUUCUAAAAGGGCAUGAUAUUUUUUAGCAGAAUUUGUGGCUGCCCACCUGAGGUUCUAUAAGCUGUUUGAAAUUCUAUUUUGGAUGCAGUCUUGAUAUUUUCAUAUUGAUCACUUCAGAGAGUUUUGAUGUAUAUGUAACAUAUGGUUACUUAAACUGAGGGAAUCUGCUAUUUGGAAAAACCUAGUUAUUUAAUAGCAGUGCUGAAUAGGCAUAGACACCAUUUCUAGGAAUGUCUGCAUGUCUCACUGCAGUGAGUGACUGUGAGUAAAAAACCAGUGUGGUGAUCUAGCUUAAUAAUAGCUCAUUGAAAAUAUAUGAUAUUUGGGAGUAGCACAGUUCAUGAAUCCAUUUGAAAGACUGAGCAGGGAUGGAUGCUCUAUACAAGUUCUGAAGUCUGGGCACUCAGUUUCACUUGUAAAGCCUCAGUACUGUGAACCCUGCCACAUUUGGGUGGUUUAUGCAGGUUAUCAGUGAAACUCCGGCAGGGAGGAAUUUGGCAGUAUGCAUGAGGGGAAGGCUUGCUGUGAAUGGUUAAAGAUUGUUACCUCAAGAGCAAUGUGGCUUGGAGUAGGGAGCUGGGAAGUCAUUUCAGGGUUCAUCCAUGCUGGGAGCUCCAAGGGAAUAGUCCAGUCUUGCUAGCGUUUUCCUGCAUAGUGUCCAGUGGUGAUGUUAAGCAUUUUCUUUAUUGGACUUUGAUUUCACAGUUCGAAUAAACCAACUUCCUAACUUUCUCUUA